UGUUGUUCAAAUAUCAUGCAUUAAACACCCCGAAAUCAUUCUUGAAAUUGACCCUUGGUACUGGUAAUCUAGCCAAGAAGCUUCUGGAAGCCGGAAAGUCUGUCAUUGCUGUUGAACUUGAUCCUCUUAUUUUCUCUGCGAUCAUCAUCUCUCUUUUCAGCCAUGGGAAAAAGCUACCCAGAGGUCAGUGAGGAGUACAAGGUUGCUGUUGAUAAGUGCACAAGGAAGCUAAGAGGGUACAUUGCUUCUAAGGGCUGCUUUGGGAUUAUGCUUCGUGUCGCGUGGCACUCGGCGGGUACUUAUGACGUUAAAACCAAGACCGGAGGUCCUUUUGGAACAAUGAGAUUCAAGGCUGAGCAAUCUCAUAAUGCCAACAAUGGCCUUGAAAAUGCUGUGCAACUUUUAGAGCCCAUCAAGGAGCAGUUUCCCAUUAUCUCUUACGGUGAUUUAUAUCAGUUGGCUGGAGUAGUUGCUGUCCAACUUACCGGAGGACCUGAUAUUCCAUUUCACCCAGGAAGAAAGGACCAAAAUGAGCCAGUAAAAGAAGGCCGCUUGCCCGAUGCUGAAUUGGGAGCUGACCAUUUGAGAGAUGUGUUUGUAAAAGCAAUGGGGCUUUCUGACAAGGAUAUUGUUGUCCUCUCCGGUGGCCAUACCCUGGGAAGCUGUCAUAAGGAACGUUCUGGGUAUGAAGGACCCUGGACAAGAAAUCCUUGCAUCUUCGAUAACUCGUACUUCAAGGAGCUCUUGUCUGGAGAGAAGGAAGGGCUUGUCCAAUUGCCAACUGACAAGUCUCUUCUCAAAGACCCUGUCUUCCGUCCCCUUGUUGAGAAAUAUGCUGCUGAUGAGGAUGCAUUCUUUGCGGACUACGCAGUAUCUCACAUGAAGCUCUCUGAACUGGGGUUCGCGGAGGCUUAAGCCCCUAGGAACAAGUCAGCUCUUUCAAUUUCUAUGCCAUGAUUCAGUCUGUGAAAUCAACUUAGCUGGAAGGUUGUUUGGUCUAGUUGUAGUUUAUCUUGCUGCGUUUGUUAGUAAUGGAUAUAUAUUAGUUGGUUUUAGUAGCUAUCAAUGACUUGGUCUCCUUUCCGUAGAAUAAUCAAAUUGGAUUUUCAUUGACUUGUCAUUGUCCCUGUUCUUGAGCA